AAAGCUUUCUCCAACUUCAGUGUCGAACGCGGAUUUCAGACGAGCGGUGGCCGAGAAAGAGAAGAAGUAAUUUGUGCCGAGAAACUAAAGCUUGCAACACACCAAAAACACACACACGUACACGGCACACCAACACACACAAUACCCUUGGAGCUGAAAUUGAACGCCGAGAACACUGAGCGAAACGUGCGAGGGAAGUGAUAAAAGCUGCUACCUGGAGUUGGAGUUUGAUUCAUUGAUCGACGAACCGAAGCAAUGCGUCUCGACACGAACUCAAACGUGGACUUUAAAGCAUUCGAAUCCAGCUCAAGCUCAUGUCCUGUCAAAUUGGAUAAUCUGGCCACCUGGGGGGGCUCACAGAAAACAGACACACGGCUGCCGAUCACGGACUACUCCAAUCUGGGCGGACCCCGGCACAAUCGAAGUCCCUUUCCACUGUGCAAAGAGGUCAACAAUCGCUUUGUAAUCUGGGAUGGUGACAUGACCACUCUGGAGGUGGACGCCAUCACAAACACCAGCGAUGAGACUCUGACUGAAAGCAAUAGCAUAUCGGAGCGCAUCUUUGCAGUGGCUGGUAACCAGCUGCGCGAGGAGCUGAGCAUCACGGUUAAAGAAUGCCGCACUGGGGAUGUGCGCAUCACGCGUGGAUACAAUCUGCCCGCCAAGUACGUGCUGCACACAGUGGCACCUGCCUACAGGGAAAAGUUCAAGACUGCCGCCGAGAAUACGCUGCACUGCUGCUACAGAAACGUCCUGUGCAAGGCGAAGGAACUGAACCUGCACACCAUCGCCUUGUGCAACAUCAGUGCCCACCAGAAAAGCUUUCCCGCGGAUGUGGCAGCCCACAUUGCCCUGCGUACCAUCCGUCGCUAUCUGGACAAGUGCACCCUCCAGGUUGUGAUAUUGUGCGUGGGCAGUAGCGAGCGCGGCACCUACGAGGUUCUGGCUCCACUGUACUUCCCCAGGGAUCAGCUGGAGGAGCGCAGUGCCCUGUGGCAGCUGCCCAAGGACAUUGGCGGCGAGUUUGGGGAGCCGCAACAUCCGGAUCCCGAUCGCCAGAUACGGAUCAUCCGCAAUCCCCAGCACAGUGUCCACAUGCGUCACCGUUUAGCCGACGACGAUUCAGACGUGAGUCCACACGACAUGGAGGGCAAUAGCUCAGAUCUGGAGUACGGAGCACGGGAUAUGAACGGUCUCAGCCUAAACUCGUACAGCAGCGGAUUGCAGGCUCAGCUGCAGCGCGAUCUGGACCGGCAGCACCUGCUCAGUGAUCGCCCACGCACUGGAGUUUACGAGAAUGUAAUUUCCGAGGGAGUCGAGGGCAUUGAGCACCAGGAAAGGAGCAUGCCGGAAAUAUCUUAACCGUCUAGAAAAUGCCUUUCCCCUAUGUAAAUUCCUCCGCUUGUCGAAAUUUUAGAGGCUCCAGGCACGCAAUCCGUUAGCUCGGCUCAGUUUAUGGCUAAAAUUAAAUUGGAGCGGUUUAAAUGGACUGGAGAGCGGAAAGUGCUUGCCCAUCGUCCUGCACAAUGCUAAUUGGACUGGCCAAGGGUUUUGUGACCUUUUUCUGACGUAUAAAUAUGAAGCACUGUGGCGUCAUAGUUUGCGUGAAAUUUUCACAGCCGCCUGCAAAUGAAUAUUUACAACUUUGUAGGUGGUCUUCAGAAAGAGUUCACUAUUUCUUUGGCCAGCGGAGGGUCUAACAAAAUGGUGUGUCACUUGGAAAUACUGUAACAUAUUUUCUACCAAACUAAGGCUUUAUAUUUCAUUAUUCCUUGAUAUAUAUAUACUUUCAUUUGGGAUCCCUCUAAGAUACUCGUAAGAUAAUCGCAUCAAAAAUAUUUAUUUUGCCGUUUUAUUUGUAGAAAAAGAUUAGAGGUAAAUAUUUAUGAAUAUUUAUAAGUUAUAUACUCUUAUUAGCGGAGAUAAUUUGUGUUCACUUGGAACGUCUUAGGGUUACCCUAUUAAAUUAAAUAUGGAUGAAAUUCGAAGCAGAAGAAGAAGGAGGCCAAUAUAUAAUAUUAAAGAGAUGAAAAAAAAACGAAAAAGGAAUAUGGAAACGAAAAUUAAUGUAAACGUAAACCAUUCGAAUCCCUCGUUAAAUUGAUGCAUACUUGUUCCAAAUAUUGCCGACUACCCGAAUUAAAACAAUUACAAGUGACACCUCGAUCGAAGUGGAAAUCUCGUGAGUCCGCUGGUAACCGGAUCGGACGGUGGCUAUAUAAUCAGAAUAUCGAACCGUUGCAGUUCAUUGAAUGAAACCGCACAAAUGCCUCGCACACAUUUUGUAAACAUUUAAAUGCAACAUCUCCCAGGCAACUUAAUUUAUUCAACCGAUUUCAGGGGAGCUGUAUGUGCAUUCAGUGGGGUAGUGACAACUGGACGCCGCUUCCUGGACCAGUUUUCCGUUGUCACUCGCCUUUUUUGUGUGCGUGCGGGGGGAAUGCACCCCACUGUGCAGGCGCCUCUUCUCUGCCGCGUUCAAUAAAAUUCAGUCUGAGGUCAUUCAGGCACAUGCAGAAAAUAUGAUUUCAAUUUAUUAUUACUUUCCUACAACUAAUUAUUUUACUAAAGCCCUGUUAUUUAGCUUUCGGGGUAAAUAAUUAUUCACUGUUAAGGGUUUUUUAUUCGCAGUUCAUUUUUAUCGAUUACAUUCUGAGGUCAUCCAGUCUCACAUUGACGUAAACAUUAAUAUGAAGUUUGCUAGCAAGUAUACAUAUGUAGAUGAGAUAUAAAACUAAUAAAACCUAAGCCUUAUUAGCAAUAAUUUAUAAUUGAGCUAUACAGUUAAUGCUUUCUUAAUAGAACAGACUUUAAUUUAAAUUUGAGGUCAAUUUUUUCUAUAAUGUCCAUGUGCUAAGGUUUUUUUUUAUUUCAUAAUACAUUUCAAUUUGUGUUCUGAGUAAUGAUCCCAUACACCGUACAAGUUGAAAUCGUUUUGAUCUUAUCGUGUACAGUUGUACGAUUUUAUACGCACAUUAAUGAGUCAGGGGUGUUGUUGUUUAUGCCGCGUUGUUUCAACAAUCCAUUCUGAUGGAAAUGUUGCACAUUGCACGCAUACGCCCGUAAUUCCCACUGAAUGUGCAAGUGUGGGUGAGUGGUGGGUGGAUGAACCGAAAUAGCAUUCGUGUGUUCGUUUUCUGCGCAUUUAGCUGCCAACUGACAACGCAAACAUUUGAACUGAUUUCAUUUUUGGACAGUUUUGUUUUAGCCCGACUGACAUUAGUGCAAAUAAAGCCGCUAGCAUGAUGUCCUUGGGUUGUUGUUGGUGCUUCCCUGCCUCUAACGGUUCUUGCUCUUCUGGGCAUUGGUGUUGUAACUAAUUGCCAUUGGAGAGGCGAAAAGGGCGCACGCUCCAAAAAUAAGAGAACACACUCUCUCGCGAGCAACGUACACUGAUAGAAAAAGCGAGUUUGAUAAUAAAUGCGCAGGUCAAACAAGGAAACUCAUUUUUAAUAUGAUUGUGUUGGAACAAAUUUUGCAAUAUAUAUAUAUAUAUAUUUUCUUUUUAACUAUUAUCACGAUUAUACUUAAGGUAUUUUAUGUUCAGCGCAAUUCACACAGGGGUUUAUUUUGGUUAUAUUUGGCUUUGAUUUGUAAGGCAAUCUCGACUAAGCUAUUUCGAAGUAAUAUGAUUUAGCAAGACGUGUCAGCUUUUCUUUCUGUGCAGCAUCAUCGCGUGGGAGAGAACGGGAGCAAACGUUUGCGGCGACGUCGCCACUGCGUCUCUCUCUUUCCACCUUUCCCCCGCUCCUUCGCGGCUGCUGGGGCGGCGAAAAAGAUUCAAGAGUAGCCCCACUCGCCGCAAACUCGCUCAUUCGAAAAGCUUUACUCGCGGCGAACGGACGUGCACUGAGAUAUAUAUAUCCAUGAGGGCGCCAAUUCUAUAUAGGAAUCGGUGAUAAAUCCAUAAAAUCGCAUCGACCUAAAAGCUGAAAAUAUAAGGAAAAACUAUUUACAUUUUCGCAUUUCCACGAGCCGCUUCCGUACAACGCAAAAGUCUGGCCACUUCGCUGCCCGCACAUACAUUUUAUUUAACGGA